AAGUUUUCCUAAAAUCCUUUGGGGGACCAAAGGCGCCAAAAACCUUCCAAAAAAAUUUUGAAAAACUAAGUGGUACAAAAUGUUUCAAAUAAUCCCCUGACAUGUUUCUGAUAGAAAAAAUGCAAUUCCAUUGGGUGCGGGAAACCUACCCUAUCCGCCCUCCUCCUUUGAAAAUAUAGACAAUGCAAAACUUUCCGCAGUGUGUAGACCUCUUGUUGAAUACAUAAAAAACACACAACGUUUCUAAUUCCAGCUGUACUACUUGUCACUCACAUACAUCCCACCAUUUCCACUCAUAUAUUACACAUUUUUCUCCUGCUCUUCUUUCUCUCUUUGUUUUUUUCUCUGCUACCUCUCUUUUGUUUUUUUGUAGUACACACAUAUGCAGCAUCACCAAAACAGUGAAAAUUUGGGGACUCUUUUUUGUUCUGUACUUUUUCCUCAGCCACAACAAGUUUAGCUUAAACCAACAAGCAUAUCAUAAUAGAGCGAGAAUGAGAAAGAAGAAUUUUUGAAUUUAUUUUGUUUGACUGUUGGUUUAAACUAUAUUUAUUUAAAGAAAAUUAUCAUUAUCGUCAAAUAUUCGCUGUCGAACGUGUGUCAGCAAGAAAGAACAGUGUGUGAUGUAGAGCUCGACGAGAUAAUAAUAUAUCAUAAUACAGUGAGACUGAGAAAGAAGAAUUUUUUGAAUUUAUUUUGUUUGGCUGUUUCGUCUGAAAACAUUAAAAGACACAUUCACGUAUAAAUUCCCUUUUGGUGUGAUUUCGAAACAGUCCUAAUUUUCGCUGUUUUUUCCCACUCGAGCUCACGCGCAGUAAGUAAGCUUAAGUUAAACUAGUGCCGGAAAGUAAUCAAUUUCGUGUGCACCAUGACUUCUUUAUUGUGACAGAACAGUGGCACAAGCAAAUCCUGUUCGUACUGAUCGUGCUCGCUAUUUCGAUGUUAACAAAGAACCCGUUAACGUACUUCUGCCCCCACUACCAUCACCUUUUGUUUCACAAACGACUCAAAUGCUCUCUAUUCGAGAAGCUGUUAAAACUUGUGAACAUAUAGUCAAUGACUUACCGCAAAAAAAACUACCGCCUAUUCAAGAUCGCGUCUGGCGUGGUGUCAAUGGUGACAUCAGUAAACAAUACCUCAAAGCAACAAUUCAUGUCUGGUGGGGAUCGAGCAGCUGCUCAGAUGAAGUCAUGGUCACUGAUACAUUUCUUGAUCAGACAACACCUCGAACACUAUUCAAUAUCAAAUGCUUUGACGGGAAAAGCAUCCAAUACCACUCCUAUUUUCCUAAUGAAAGUGAAAUGAUAUUAGCAUCUGGAACUUAUAUCAAAGUUAAAUCACAAUCGCAUCCAGCGGAAAAUUUUUACAUCGUUCAAUGUGACCAAAUCGAACCGGUAUCUGAAGAAGAAAUUCUUAAAUCGUGGGCUACUGCUGGAGUAACUACAGCGGCAGCUUCCGGCACAUUACCGACAAUGAAAGCAGUUUUAUAUUUGAUUUGGCUGAAUCAGAAUGUAAACAAAUCACAAGAUAAUCUAAAAAUACAAGAAAAAUUACGCACUAUGUUUGAAGAUGAUUUUCAAACAUUUGAGAAGCUGGAUGAAUGUGAGACUUCUAUCAGACAGAAGACAAAUGAUUCGAUUCUUCUUAUUGUUGGAGGACAGAUUGGCCGACAAGUUAUUCCUAAAAUUCAUGCUUUAACACAGUUGACCACGGUCAAAGCAGUUGUCAUGCGAGCAAACGAGCUGAAUAAAGAAGUUGGAAAAGAAAAACAUCAGACUGUGGCUGCGGUAGAAGGAGAACUGGCACAAGCGACUAUAUCUGACGAGCAGCUUCCGCUUCUAACAAGGCACUUAAGUGGUUAUGAAAAACGACCGCUAGUUUCACUUGAAGAAGCAAUUGAACCACUUAAUGAGAUCGUUCCUGACAUUCGACGCAACACUUGGAUUACUAAAGUGAGAACAGAGAAAGAUGGAACACGGAAAGACGGUCUCACUAGAGAUGAAUCAGCUGCAAUUGCGCUUUAUACGAUGGAAGGGAAAUCAGUCGGAUGUAGUCUGGAGACAAUUCUCAAUCAAAGUCUGCGUAGUGAAGAACGAACUCAUAUAAAACCCUUCUUUUCAUAUUUAAAAUUGUUUAUGACUGCAUUACAGAAGCUACCAUCGUUUGAAGGCAUAGUUUGGCGAGGUAUGGAAUCGGAUCUGAGUCAAGAGUAUAAGAAAGGACAACGUGGUGUUUGGUGGCAUGUAUCCUCAACAACACCAGAUGCUGAAGUUUUAAAAAAUCUAGCGACAAACAGGAAUACGGACAUGUUUCUCAAUUGA